AUGCGUUACCCCGGCGUUUCGCUUAUUCUCUGGUUUUCCAUUGUCGCCAAAGGGGAUUUCAUCAAGCAAGCAAGACGUUUUCUACGGGAUCCCCUUCGCUCAGCCGCCUACCGGGGCAUUGCGCUUCAAGCCUCCUCAGCCAUGGGCCCCAACCGAUGGCAGACCCUUAUUAAUGCAACCACCAACGAGCAGCCAAUCUGUAUUCAGAGCGCCCCGAUCACAUAUGAUGCAACUGUCUCCGAAGACUGUCUCUAUCUAAGUCUCUGGAAACCAAAUAAUAUAACAGCAAAAAUCCCAGUGAUGGUGUUCAUAUAUGGAGGUGGGUUCUUGAACGGAUCUGCACCUGCGUACCCCGGGGACAAGAUUCUCGGAGCUGCAUUCCGCCUAGACAAGCCUGUGGUGUAUUUGGCUAUGAAUUAUCGACUUGGCAUCUAUGGAUUCCCCCCAGGUCAACAAUCCGAAAAUGCUGGCGCUCUCAAUCUCGGCUUGAAGGAUCAACGCUUGGCACUUGAGUGGGUUAAUAAAAAUAUCGAAUUAUUCGGCGGUGACCCAACAAAGGUAAUGAUAUUUGGUGAAUCAGCUGGUGCUAUGAGUAGCAGCAUUGAUGCAGAGUGGAUCUCCAUCAAGGCAAGUGGAAUACUAGUCAAUUUUGCCCGGAGCGUUAACGAAUUCGAACAUAGCUAUACUGCGCUUCCUGCUUCAUACCCGCCCCGACAGGCUGCUUAUGAAUUCAUCGCUAAUGCGACUGGUUGUGCAAACGAUGACUUUGAGUGUCUGCGAAAUGCAGAUGCCGAGACACUCAAACAAGCCAAUUAUGACGUUUUCAAGCUACCAUCGAACUUAGUUUCGCUCGACCCUUACCCAACAGCGGUUGGGCCAACCCUCUCAUCCGGAGACCCCUUCUUGUCUCGACCACCUAGACAAACGAUUCACGAAGGCAAGUUUGCGAAGGUCCCCUUCGUAUGCGGAACAAAUCUUGACGAAGGAACUCUAUUUACUACAAAUCCAAACACGACCCAGGAAGUGGUCUCAUUCCUCACAACUCAGCUCCCUGGUCUUACAUUUGGGAUCACAAAUACAAGUAUUGUGGACCAACUGUUAAACUACUAUCCUGAAGAUCCGGGUGCUGGAUCGCCAUACAACACCGGCAAUAAUACUUUCGGAAAAGCCGCUCAGUACAAACGAGCUGCCAGCGUUAUUGGGGACCUCAUAUUCGAGGCCCCACGAAGGGACUUCCUACAAGCCGCGCGAAAGCUGGGCAUUCCAUCGUGGUCAUAUCAAUUUGCGCAGACCGGCUUAGCACCAGACUCUCCCGAGCUCGGUGUGCCACAUGCGUCCGAAAUUCUUUUUGUUGUCCAGUAUCUUCCAGAAGAGCCUGAAAGCCACGUAGAGCUAGGUAUCGAUAUUAUCGAUUACUGGAUCUCCCUUGCUUAUAACCUCAAUCCAAGCGCAACUGGGAAUCCGAGCCGAAUUACCUGGCCCGCGUAUGGCGCUGCGGCCGUUUCAUUGAAGCUUGAGGCAGCAAACACAACUGUCAUUCAAGACAAUUACCGAGGAGACGGGAUUGACUUCAUUCAAUCUAAUAUUUUAACCUGA